CACUCUCUCUCUCUCUCUAUAAAGAGGUAGCAGUCCCUCCAAAAGAUGAAGAAACAGAGCAAAGGGUCAGAGUGAGCUGUAAGGAGUAAAUCCCCCUUCUUUCUUCUCCUUCUUCUUCCUCUCCCGCAUUCUCUCCUGUUUUCCAUUCUUCUUCCAAAGUAUUUCCAAACUCUCUACCGCUGGGGGAGAAAAGACUCGACGGGAAAAUGGCUGCUUUUCGUCGGACCUUCACCGGAGAAGAUGACGAGAACCUCCCGCGGGUUCAACCACUUCAUCAAGGAGCUCUGCCCUGAAGCCAUCCUGACCAAGAAACUGAUGCUUCCUCGGAAGUUUGUCAAGACGGUGAGGGACGAGCUUUCUCGUGAGGUGUGUCUGGAAGCGCCAAACGGCAGAAUCUGGAUCAUUGGGUUGACCAGAGAACCCGGUGACAGAAACAUAGUGUGGCUCGACUCUGGAUUUGGUGAGUUUCUGAGCUUUUACUCCAUCGGCGCUCGCCAUUCUCUGAUAUUCAAGUACCGUGGCGGCUCCCAUUUCCAAGUGGUCGUCUGCGACAACACCGCCUGCGAGGUUGCGUAUACCGCGGAAGUACUUCCUGUGUCUUUCGGUGAGGAAGAUGGCAGCGACGACCCCGAGUUUGACGGCGAAGAGGCCGAUGGAGAAGAAGAAGAAGAAGAAGAAAUGGACGGCUUUCUGUCCAUUUUAGCAACCCAGAAAUCCCUUCUGUUCUGGUCGUCAUGAAGAAGCUCCACAUUGUUCACCGCCAAAUGGUUAGUACUAUACACUCUCUGUUUGUGGUUACUCGACAAUGCAAAAAGAAGAAGAAAAAAACACUCAUUUAGUUUACUAAUAUGAUGUGUUAGCUAAUUCACGCCUUUGUCGAAUUUGCGCAGUACCUCCCUCUCGAAUUUGCCGAUAAGUACUUCCCUGAAGAUAGAGUAAUGGUGAAGCUGCGUGCUUGUUGCGAGGAGGUCGAGGGGUUUUUGAAUGAAACGCAGGUUGUUGCCGAAAGAGACAAUCAUAAUACCUUGUAUUUAAGACGAAGGUGGGGCGAGUUUCGCACCAACAACGACUUGCACGAGGGAGACGUGUCCCUGCUGCAACUCGUCGAUGUGAAAGACAAGAUCUUCAAUGUUUAUGUUUUUAGGGCUUGAUGAGGAGGGGGGAGGAAUCUGGUAGAGACUUGGAGUUGUUUACUUUGCUGUAUUCAAAUCUUUACUUUACCCGAGCAGCCAUGGAUGCUUGCCCCAUGUGUGCAAUGAGCUGUUGUUUUUCAUGAUUUAUGUUCUGAAAUGGAUUCAAUGUGAAACCAGCUUAUGUUUAUAAGGAAUGAACAUCUUUGACAGUGAAUACCCAUUUCCUAUAUAUCACCAUGGCACAAUUUCCAGCUCCCUGCUUCUUGGUAACAUUGCAGCAGCAAUGAACCUUGGAGAUUAGA